AUGCCCGGUCGCCCUUCAACGCGUGCACCGCGCGCAUCUGCGACAUCAACGACCCGCAAGACCAGCGCUGGCACUACCAAAUCAACACGCGCAUCCUCCGCCAGGCAAUCUGCGAAUGCCAUCGAAAUCCCAGAUGAAGGCCCUGUAACAACGCUCCGCACACAAAUUGUCCAGGUCUUUAGCGAUGCUCAAAAGACGACUGCGACGCAGAGGAAGCUAGUGGUGAAUUUGCGCAAAAUACAAGAGGCAUGCUGCUUCGAGCCGCCAGAGACGGGCAAGAAGGGUGGGAAGAAGAGCAAGGGGGAGGAGCAGGAGGAUUUCGACGAGGAAGAGUUCAACGCUGAGGUUGUGAGAUGUGUACUCAGGAUCAUGUGUGUCAAGAAGAGCGAGCCUGUGGGUGAUAGGGUGAUUCGAUUCUUGGGUGUCUUUUUGAAGCAUGCCUCGGAGAAAGAUCAAUCGAUUUUUGCUCCAGAGGCCGAAGAGGAAGAAGCCACUGCUUUCCACGAAACACCCAGCAGCCGUCUUACAUCGCACAUCCUGACCACGAUCCUAGCGCUACUGACAGCCAAGGAUAAGACGAUCCGCUUCCGAGCAACUCAAACAGUCGCACACAUUGUAAACAGCCUCACAACCAUCGAUGACGACAUCUUCAACCUGAUAAGAUUGGGUUUUCUUAAGCGUCUACGAGACAAAGAGCCUUCAGUGCGUGUGCAGGCAAUCCUGGGACUGGGUCGUCUUGCCGGCAAUGACGACGAGGAGCAAGAGGACGAAGACAGUGAUGAUGAAGCCGCAGGCGGUAUUCUCGACAAGCUUCUGGACAUUAUGAUUAAUGAUCCUAGUGCCGAAGUGCGACGUGCUGUACUACUGAACCUGCCGCUUUGGCCCUCCACCUUGCGAUACAUUCUCGAGAGAGCCCGCGAUAUGGACGCGACCACUCGAAGACUAGUAUACGGCAAGAUUCUGCCUGCUCUGGGUGACUUCCGACACAUGUCGCUGGUUGAGCGAGAGAAGCUCAUCCGAUGGGGCCUGCGGGAUCGAGAUGACAUUGUUCGCAAAGCUGCUGCAACGCUCUUCCGGGAACGCUGGCUGGAAGACUGCGCUUCUUCGCGCGACACUCGAUCGGAGGAGGAGAAGAAGCCGGGGGAUGUUGCACCGCCAAGUCUAGAGGCGCUCUGUGAGCUGCUCGAGCGUAUCGAUGUCACGCGGUCAGGAGAGGAAGACGGUAUGGCCCACGAGGCAAUGCGUCAGUUCUGGGAUGGUCGGCCAGAUUACCGCAAGGAAAUCACAUUCGACCACGAGUUCUGGAACAACCUCGAUGCGCAGACUGCCUUUAUUGCGCGCACUUUGAAUGACUACGCUCAAAGCACAGAGGACGAAAGAGUGCAAAGCAUGGUCGAGGAUAAGAUGCCGGAAGUCACCAUGUUCGCUUUUGUUCUUCAGCGUGAACUCAACUCGUUGAUGGAGUUGGUAGACAAGGUCGCUGUCAUGGAGGAGAACGACCCAGAGGUCGAAGAGGCUCAGGAAGAUGUGGAGGAACAGGACUUUAUCGUUCAACAGUUACUUCACAUUGCCCACACCCUUGAUUAUACUGACGAGAUGGGCCGAAGGCAGAUGUACAACAUCAUGCGAGAGGCCAUCGCCAAGGCUCAGCUGCCGGAAGAGUGCACAAAACUUUCGAUCGAAGUCCUGCGUAAGGUCUGUGGUAGUCGUGGCGAAUCGGACUUUUGCGCACUCAUUGUCGAGGCGAUUGCAGAUGUUCGGGACUCCCUGCUAGAUGCAGAUGACGCUACCGUAACUGGAGAAGAUGGGGAUGAAGAGAGCUUCCACUCUGCUCAGUCAGACGUUGAUGGCGAUGCGCCGUUGAUCAAGCCCAAGACAUCAAAGGCAUCGGAGAACCUCACUGACGAGGAGAAGGAAGAACGACAGAUUCGCGAGGUCAUGGUGUACUCCAAGUGCUUGCACAUCGCUCAAUGUACACUGCAGAAUGUGGAGGGUGACCUGGAGUCAGACACUUCGCUCACAAACAUCCUGAACACGCUCAUCAUUCCAGCGGUGCAAGCUCAUCAGGCGAUGAUCCGUGAGCGUGGAGUCAUUUGUCUAGGUCUAGCCGCACUCCUUAGCAAGGACCUCGCAGACAACAACCUCGACCUCUUCUUCCACUGCUUCAUAAAAGGCCACGACGCCCUUAAAGAGAUAGUCAUCCAAGUCCUCACCGACGUGAUAAUAACGCACCCUACACUCCUCACACCCACAAUUCCGGACCCAGAUGCUUCUACCGAAGACGCCGAACCCAUUACCAACCCCCGCAUCCGGCCCAUCACGAAAAUCCUGCUCAAAGCAUUCACCUCUGACAACAAGCGCAUCAGUUUGAUUUCGUGCACCGCAGCAUCCAAGCUACUCCUCCUGGGCAUCCUACCCCCCUUGUCAACAACCGAAGUCCUCAAAGUCAUGGUCCUAACCUACUUUGACCCUGAAACGGCGCUGAAUCCCGCUUUACGCCAAGCACUCUCCUACUUCCUGCCAGUCUUCUGCCACUCGAAGCUCAAGAACGCUAAACUCAUGGCUGACAUCGCCGUGCCUGUAAUCUCCAAACUGCUCAUCAUGCGCGACGAGAACGUCGAGGAUGAAGAUGUAGAUGAGAUGGUGGGCUGGCCUGUCAUCACUGCGCAUCUAGCCGAAUGGACAGACGGACGCAAAGUCGUGGGAGCCACGGAGUUGGGUCUCGAUGGCAAGACAAAUGUGGUAGACAUUGAGGCCGAGGAACCACACGUCGGACUUGCAGUCGAGGUGCUCGAGCGCGCGUUGACAGCGACAUGUUCCAAAGACGAGAGAAAGCCGCUGCUGAGUCUGCUGAGUAAACUAUUCAUCGCACCGUCGUCGUCGUCAAGCAGUACUAGUGCUGGUGCCACGAGGAACAGUACCAUAGAAGAAGGUGGCGCCGUGGAUCUAGAGGAAAUGUUACACACCCUCCACGGCCUAGUCACUGAAGCCGUAGAAGGCAAAAUAGGAACGGACGCCACGCAGCGCAAUGCACUGGCCAAGUUGGAAACUAGUCUUACCAAACGCCUCGGUGAGGUGGCACAAGCAAAGGAGAAUACGGAGGUUGAGACGACGCAGCAAGGGUCGCCUGAAACGACUGUUGCUGCUGAUGCGGAAGAAGCCGGGGAGGAGGAAGAGACGGAGGUCCCGGUGCAGAAGAAACAGAGUAAGCCUGUUAAGCAGGAGGAGGAGGAGGAAGAGGAAGAGGAUGAAGACGACGAGACUAUGUUAGCGGGUAUGCAGGGCGAGGGUACACGUAUGCCGCUUGAAGAGGAAGACGAUGACGACGACGAUGAUGACGACGAUGAUGACGACGAAGAAGAAGAGGUAGAAGGCGAGGGAGAGUCAAUGGCCGAGCAUAGCGCGCUCACUGUAGGAAGGGAUGAUCGGCGAAGGACAAUGGUGACGGAAGAGGAUAUCAUGGAGGAUUUAUUGCAGAGUGAGAUGAGUGAUUCUGCAUGAUGCAGUUGUCUCUCUCUCCCUUCCCUUCCUUCUACACUGUACAACGGGAACACCAGGUCUCUCUGAUGAUGUUACGAUAUCCGUCGCUUUUUGAAAUGAUUGAAUCUCAUGUUUGGU